UCAGUGUGGCCCCAGAAGUGCCACCUGUCAGUGCUCAUCAGUGCCAGUGCCCAUCAGUGCCACGUGCCAGUGCCCAAUCAAUGCCACAUAUCAGUGCAUACCUGCGCACAUCAAUGCCACAUAUCCGUGCCCAUAUGAGCUGCCUUUCAAUGUCACCCAUCAGUGCCAGUCAGUGCCACCUAUCAUGCCAGUCAGUGCCGCCUAUCAGUGCCAUGCCCAUCAGUGCCACCUAUCAGUGUCCAUCAGUGCAGCCUAUCAAUGCCCAUCACUGCAGCCUCAUUAGCGCACAUCAGUGAAGGAGAAAAAUAACUUAUUUACAAAAUUGUAUAA